AUGUCCUUUGUUUUACCAGAAUUACCAUACAUAAAAAAUGGUCUUGAACCUCACAUCUCAGACGAGACUGUUAACUUUCAUUAUGGUGCGCAUCACAAGACUUAUGUGACAAAUCUAAAUAACUUGGUAAAGGGAACUGAGAAUGAGCAUAAAACAAUCGAAGAAAUUAUUAAAACAACGACUGGUCCAGUUUUUAAUAAUGCUGCCCAAUGUUGGAACCACACUUUCUAUUGGCAUAGUUUAUCACCAAAUGGUGGUGGAGACCCAGACGGUGCCAUAAGAGAUGCUAUCAAUAAGAAUUGGGGUUCUGUAGUGUCCUUCAAAGAAGAGUUUUCACAGGCUGCAACCGGUCAAUUCGGUUCGGGAUGGGCUUGGUUAGUUUUGAAAAAAGAUGGUACCUUGGCUAUUACUACAACUUCAAACGCUGCCACUCCAAUCACAACUGACGAUAAACCAUUGUUGACAUGUGACGUUUGGGAGCAUGCCUACUACAUUGACUAUCGUAAUGCCAGAAGAAAGUACAUUGAGGCAUUCUGGAAUGUUGUAAACUGGAAAUUUGCCAAUGAAAAUCUAGCCAAAUCUUCUUAG